AUGCAAAAAGAAGAUCAUCAACAACAACAACGUCCAACCGUACUGGUGGUCCCAUCAACAACAGUAGGCAAUCAUACAAACGUUUUUCAUCUCACGGAAGAAUCCCAACAACAACAACAUUCAACGAGCAGUAUUCCCUUUAUUUAUCAAACCACUGAUAAUAUAGACGAGCUCUUCCAAAUUGUUCAACAACCGAUCAACUUUGAUGAUAUGAGUAUCAUUGAACAACAACUGAAAUCUCUCAAUACGACCAACACGACCAUGUACAAUUCGAACAACUAUAAUCAUCCUCUCUUUAACCCACUUCAAUAUCCGUUGCAACAACGAUCUCACAUGAAUGUAACCAACAACACCAACAUCAGUCAACAACAAGAUUCUGGUGAUGAUUUCUUGGAUAUCAUUGAAGGCAAUCUCUUUAGUGAGCAGCAACAGCAGCAGCCCUCAACAACAACUUCUCACCCCACACAAGCCUACCAUCAAAAUCAUAUCAUCAACUUUCCUACAUUUACCAUUCCGACCUCUACAAGUACUAUCAUUCCAACUUCAUACUUGAGUAUGAAUGGAACAACAACAACCACACUCAUACGACCACCUCAUUUGAAUAAUACUCCUUCUCCGAAUAUGACCAAUCAAAGUCCGUUCUCAGGAUACAUUCAAGCCAAUACAAACGGAUCCAUCAAACACACACCCAAUGAACAAUUUGCAUCUGCAGUGAAUAUCAUCAAUGAAUUACCAUCGUCGCCUCAUGACUCUAGUGUCAGUGCACUUUCACCACAGGGAAACACAAUUCUGACAACACCAAGCCCACAAGGAAGCUGGGAUAGAUUUACUUUCACGAGCUCACAAGUGCCUGAUUUAAUCAAACUCGUGGAAGGUUUUAACAAACCAGUGAAAGAAAAACAAAUUGGAGGACGAGACAAUACCAGACAUCCAUUGCCAAAUCAAGUUGUUGAGCUGGAUGUGAGCAAGUUGCCUCCUGGUAGUAAUCCAUCCGUUAUUUCUGUUAGACCUGUGGUUAUGGGUGUUGACAGAAUAACACGAAAGACCAAUAGACUUGCAGUGUUAAAUGAAAAACCUUUCGUCAGAGUAUCAACUCAACCAAUGGAAAGAUGGAUUGUGGUCUUUGAUGACAUUAUUAUUCAAUUUGCUAGUCACAACAAUGGUCAAAAGUUGUCACUCAAGUUUGAACUAUUGGAUGCAGAGAAGAAAGUUGUUUGCAGUAUUGACUCUUAUGGAUUUGAGACAAUUACCAAGAGAGGUUUAGAGAAGAUUAAGGAAAGAAAGAAGGCAAAGGAGUCGAAGGAAACUAAUAAGGAUACUACUCCAAAGAGAAAAAGAGGUUCUGACACUGAGGAAGACGAAGAGGAUGGUAAUGAGCCCACAGUGGAACAUGUCUCUCCUCCCUAUGGCUUCGUUUCUGGUGGAAGCUUGGUGAAAGUGAUUGGUACUGGCUUUGUUUCUACACCUGUUUCAAAAUGUGUUGUCAAGUUUGGAGAGAGAGAUGCAAGAGAAAUUCACACUGUAAAGAGAAACUACAUUGUGUGUGAGACUCCUGAAAGCGAUAAAACAGGCAUUGUUGACGUGAGCGUAAAGAUGGGAGAAGACUUUAUCCAAAGCAGUGCCAAGUUCCAAUAUAUUGACCCUAACAAUCCUGCAGAUUUGCAAAUCAUGAUUCAACACAUGCUUGGUUCUCAAAACAAUAUCAAUUCUAAUCAAUUUGCAGAUGCAUCUACAUUCUCCAACAAGUGCUACGAUCAAAGUCUCUUUUAUUCUGGUAAGGUCACUGAUGAAUGUGGCUUUACAGUAUUACAUCAUGCAACUGCACGUGGGUUGUUUGAACUAUGCCAAUACUUGGUUGCUAAUUCGGUGUGUAACAUUGAUGCUCAAGAUAACUUUGGUAGAACUGCGUUACAUUGGGCUGUUUAUGCUUCAGAGGUUCUAGUUGCUCUCUAUCUUGUUAACAAUGGAGCUAGUUUGUGCACAAAGGAUGAAGUUGGAGACAACUUGUUGCAUAUUGCUUGCCGAUACGCCUCAGCUGAUUUUGUAAAGAGCUUCAUGUCAACUCUUCUGAAGUAUGAUGACAAUCAAUUUACCAACACCUCCAACAUUUCAUUGUUGCUUUCCUCGACCAAUAAUGAUGGUGACACACCACUGGACCUUUUGCGAAGCAUGGAACAAGAUGAUGAGGUGAUUGAAUUAAUAUCAGUGUUAGAGAGAUUAACGGAGGCCUGCUCUGCUAGACUUUCACAAAUUAGAGUCAUUUGCUCAUUGAAGGACAUUCUGUUGAGAUCAGGUGACUACAAUGGCAAAUGCAUGACACAAUUAGAAGGCGCCAACUUGAAGAUUUCAUUUAGUCUUCAACUAGAGAAAGACAAGAUUUUGCUAUUGAUUGAUAGAAGUGACACUAGCAUUAGGGCUUUAAUACGAUACGAACAAGUGGCAUUCUUGAUUCUUAAUAAGCCUCAAUCGCAAGCGGAGAUCACUCUCAGCUCAAAGCCAACUCUUGAAGUCAAGGACCAAUUCGGCAACUGGACAUCUCUUGAAAAUCAUCCAUACCUUUCUUGCUCAUGCUUCCACUUGCAAGCCACCCAUUCAUCACUUCUUGAUGACGUCAACAAAUUUAUUUCUGAUAAUUCCUUACUGUUCUCAUUCCAACACAUGGUCUUCAGCUAUCGAUCCCCAACAAAUACUCACACCGCACCUGUUGAUAAGAAGAGUGAAACUGUUUCCAAGACUUCAUCCAAUGUUGACAAGUUCGCAGAGAUCAACAAGCUUUCCCCAACUGCAAAUGUUGCAACAACGAAUAAUACUUCCAAUCAAAAUAUGAUUCAAUAA